CUGUGGGUGUUACUGAGGGAGGAGCAGGGAGCAUAAGCUGUGUGCCCACGUCUUUCUCUUUCUCUGUCUACCUCCGCCUGCAGCCGCUGGUCCGAGAGUCGUGCCGCAGCUGUGCCGUGGUGUCCAGCUCUGGCCAAAUGCUGGGCUCAGGCCUGGGCACCCAGAUCGAUGGUGCUGACUGUGUGCUGCGUAUGAACCAGGCGCCCACCGUGGGCUUUGAGGCAGAUGUGGGCCAGCGCAGCACCUUGCGCGUGAUCUCGCACACGACCGUACCGCUGCUGCUUCGCAACUACUCACACUACUUCCAGCAGGCCCGCGACACGCUCUACGUGGUGUGGGGUCAGGGGAAGCACAUGGACCGGGCCCUCGGGGGCCGCACCUACCGCACGCUGCUGCAGCUCACCAAGAUGUACCCGGGCCUGCAGGUGUACACGUUCACCGAGCGCAUGAUGGCCUACUGUGACCAGGUCUUCCAGGAUGAGACUGGCAAGAACCGGAGGCAGUCAGGCUCCUUUCUCAGCACCGGCUGGUUUACCAUGAUCCUUGCCCUAGAGCUGUGUGAGGAGAUCGUGGUCUAUGGAAUGGUCAGCGACAGUUACUGCAGGGACAAGAGCCACCCCUCAGUGCCUUACCACUACUUCGAGAAGGGCCGUCUGGACGAGUGUCAGAUGUACCUGGCACACGAGCGGGCGCCCCGCAGUGCUCACCGUUUCAUCACUGAGAAGGCCGUGUUCUCCCGCUGGGCCAAGAAGCGGCCCAUCGUGUUCGCCCACCCGUCCUGGAGGACCCGGUAGCCCCGUGGCUCAGCCGGCUACAAUGCCUCUGUUUAUUCACACUCCGCCAAAAACAUUCAACUUAUGGAUCCUGCCUUUGCCACAUGUCAAGUGGACCUAGGGUUCCCUCCUGCCCUACCCUGGGGACACCUGGAAGCCAUCUCGGGCCUCCAGACUUGAAGGGGAGAAGAGUGGGGCUGUGGCGACCUUUGUACCCUCCUCCCCACCCCCACUCCCUGAAUAAUCUGAAUCUUCAUUGGGGGGUUCAUCCCACCUCCGGGUCUGUCCAGUGGCCUUUGCCCCCAGGACUGGUGGUCCUCUGCUCACCAGCUUCAUGACCUUCAACCUUGCACCAGCCCUGGUCCUUCCUCUCUAGACUCCUCCUCCACCCAUUUUUGGUGCCACACUUCCCAGGCUGGUUGCCCUGGUCAGGGCAGCCCAGAGCUUGGGGUUCUUUGGGCAAAGGGGCCUUUGAACUGUGACUGCCAGGGCCACCUCGAGUGUACGGGUAAACGUGUGUUUUCUGGAA